GUGUAAUCUUUCAAACGCUAGACAAUGAAGACUUCGAUGAUCCUGUUGCUCUGUGCGGCGAUCGUUUUGGUUGCUGCCGAAGACAAGAAAGGACCGCAUCAAGAUCCGAAGCAACAUGACAACCACGGCCAGCAGGUUAAGGUGAAGCAGCAGCAGCAGCAGGAUCAGCAUCACCAGGCGCCCGCUCCUAAGCAGCCCCAGCAGAAACACCAGCAGGUUCCGGCACCUCAGCAACAUCCUUUGAAGCAACAACCAGCUCCACAACAAUCCGGUCACAAAUACAAGCGUGAAGCACCGAAGGGAGUCUCUGCGGAACAUUCGACAACAGCCGCACCUAAGGUCUCGGUCGAUCCGAAACAACCGUCCGUCCUUCCGGCCAUUGUUAGCCAGCCACCAAAGGAGAAACGUGAUACCGUUGCUGCUCAACCGGCUGGAGCUGCUCGUCCGCAAGUUGCCAAUGCUCCUGCGAAGGCUCCGACUGCUACUAACAAUCAGCAAAGAAAGCCUCAGUCUGCUCAACGUCCGGCUUCUAGCACCAAGCUGAACCGUGAUCAAGCCCCCAAAGCUCCUCAGACGACUGACAACACUAAGGCUCCGGCUGCCGCGAGCCAACCAGCUGCUGCUGCUGCGGCCACACCGGCUGCACCGGCUCCCGCAAAGAAGAACUAAACCUUGUGACGAACCGUUUCCGGGCGUUCUAACGAUUGCAACAAUUUCUAUGGUAUAGUUCGUUUUUUUCCAAAAAAAGCAAAUAUACAUGUUACUUGCACGCGCAAAAAACGAUGAUUUCUUAAUGCUCCAAGCGACAUCAAGUCUAAGAAAUAGCAAUCAGCUGUAAAGAUUGUAAGAGGGAAUUUGCUUAAAAAUGAAUCAUCCCUUCUC